AUGCAAUUGUGGUUUUGGAUUCUUGGCUGGCUUCUUUCGAUUCUCGCCAUGACUGGAAAUGGAUUUAUCAUCUUCCUUGUUUGUAGCAAACGGCAGCUUCGCACCAAAACCAAUGCGUUUAUUGUUUCGCUUGCAGUGGCUGACUUCUGUGUCGGGAUGAUUACUGUUCCUUCGUUGUUUGUGUGUGAGUCGCUUGAUCUGUGCAACAAUCGACCUAUUUCGAUGAUGGUAUGGAUUAUAAGGAAUCUGUUCGCUUUUGCGUCUGUGGCAAACCUUUGUAGUUUAGUCUUGGAUCGCUACAUUGCUAUUGUGAAACCUUUAAAAUACUUGACUAUUAUGAAGCGCCGUCGAGUCAUUCAGAUGGUUAUCUUAUCCUGGGUAAUUCCAACUGCUAUCAUGACUUUUGCGGCAAAUGUUAUAUUGAAUACUUCCUUUUCACAAAAUUUAAACAUCCCUAAAAAUACUUUAUCCGUGAUGUUCAUCAGUUUCGAGAUAUUUUCAAGUUUUGUAUUAAUAUGUGUCUUUACAUCCAUGUUAAAAGUUGUAUUUAAGCAUAAUCGAGCCACUCGUUCGUUAGCAAAACAGUUACGCUUUAAUCAUCAGGUUUCCUUCAAAACUCAGGAAAAGUCUGCCAUUAUAAUGAUGGGGAUUGUAGUCGGAUUGUUCCUGAUGUGUUAUGGUAGUUUUAUGAGAUGCAGCUUAAUAAGGAUUUCUGGUAUUGUUCAAGCAUGUAAUGAUAGAGAAUAUAGAAUAAUCCUUCUAGGGUUAAACUCUGCUACCAACCCUUUGGCGUACUCUUUCUUCAAGAGAGAUAUAAAAAAGGACAUUAAAAGACGCUUUUGUUGUCCCGUUUCAUCGAAGUCAAAAAAGAUUAUUCCUCUCAAUAAGAGCAGUUUCUCAUCAUCGCUGACUGCCAUGGACGGGAAGUUAGAGUAAAUGAAAUAGGCGUGGACUUUUAUCCUGGAACUUCUUUGUCUUAAAUGUAAACGGAAGAGGAUAUUAUAGGGAUAAGCAUAUUUAUUGUUGACUUUGUAGUCUGUUAGAUUCAAAACUAAUGUAAAUGAUGAACAAGAAACUUAGUAAACGCAUAGUUAAGUUGAAUGUACUACAGAUUUACUGGGAAGUUAACUUAUAACUUGGAAUCUGUUACUUUGAAAAAAAAAUUCCUGUGUAGAAUAUAACGAUGUAUUUACAUAAAAAAUGUAACGCGUAGUACGAAACUGAUUUCCUUAUGUGAUUCUAAAUUUUGAAAAUCCGAAUUCCGAUUUCGAUUACUCUUUUCAGUAAUGGAUUUAUCUUUUAAUACAAACAAUUGAGCUUUUCCGCGUGCACUCCCCGUUGUGUUUGUUUACGGACGUGAUUGAAAGUUUAGCCCCAACUACCAUUGCGAUUUCGCCCCCAAACGUAAACAAAAAUUCGCCCUGACCUUUACCAGUUCGCCUCCAAAUCAUCAAACCAGUAACCGAUGGAAAAACAUAUUUAUUUUCUGUCGAAUUCGGGACACGUUUCUAUAACAUGAAUUUUUUUCUUAGUCAAACGCUCACGCUGAGUUGCUAUGAAACACUAGAUUCAGCGACACACGAGUGCGAGUAUUAAAUUACGAGAUAUCGUCCUUGGUCUUUGGUUCAGAAUAAUCGUUGGCUCCUAAAGGAGUUUUCACAACUUCAUUAAAUAAUAAUGCCCCUCAUCUUCAUUUAACAACAAAUGAAGAACUCUUGGCGGUGUUCACAGGUUUUUAAAAAGUGUCAGCCGUAAUUUCUAUACAAUCAUUGGCAUAUCACAACCGAUCUAAUAACACUUUUUACUUUACUUCAAAGAUGUAUAAAAAACUGGAGUGUGUCAAGAAUUAAGGCCAAGAAAUUGGAAAUAAAUGAGCCACUCAGUCAUUGAGGCAAAUAUCAAAACUAACAAAAGACGUUAAUUUUCAGAAGCUUUUCGGUUGAUUAGUAAUAUUGAUCUAGAACUCUUGUCUUAGUUCAUUCAUUGCAUCUAAAAAUCUAAAAUAUUUUCCUGUCAUGAAGUUGCGUUAAUUGCCCAAUGAGAAUCAAAAAAGGGUGAGUUUUUUCGGUCGAUUUCAAUACCAAGAUUAAAAUAACAAAAGGUUUUGAGAGACCCACCUUACAGCGCAAUUUAUAUAUCAUGAAAUCUUAAAGAUUACCAGCAGAUCUUGUCUUAGUCAGAACGUUGUGUCUGUUUUGAAGGAUAAAAACAAAUCAGAACAUUAAUUGCUUAAUAACCAGAGAGUAAAAAUGCAAGUCUGGUUUUGGAUUCUUGGCUGGCUUCUUUCUAUUCUAACCAUAACCGGCAAUGGAUUUAUCUUUUUCCUUAUUUGCAGUAAACGGCAGCUUCGCACCAAAACCAACGCGUUAAUCGUUUCACUCGCAGUGGCGGACUUUUGUGUUGGGAUGAGCGCUGUUCCUCCGCUGUUCAUGUGUGAGAUGGCAGGAAGUUGUGAUCAUUUGGGUACCAUGGUAAUCACAUGGACGACAAAAAGCCUAUUCCAGUAUGCGUCUGUGACCAACCUUUGCUGUUUAGUCCUGGAUCGCUACAUUGCUGUUGUAAAACCGUUAAAAUACUUGACCUUUAUGAAGCGUCGCCGAGUCAUUCAGAUGGUAACCUUAUCAUGGGUCAUUCCAAUUGUUCUCAUUUUCUUUACAUACAUCGUAUUGAGUAUUUCCUUUUUCCAAAAAUCGAUUCUCCCCAUAAAGAUUAUAACUGUUAUGUUCAUCAGUCUCGAGAUGUUUCCAAGUAUGUUAUUAAUAUGUUUCUUUGUAGCUAUGUUAAAAGUCGUAUUUAAGCAUAAUCGAGCCGCUCGUUUUCUAGCCAAACAGUUACGCUUCAAUCAUCAGGUUUUCUUCAAAACUCAGGAGAAGUCUGCUAUUAUAAUGAUGGGGAUUGUAAUCGGAUUGUUCCUUGUGUGUUAUGGCAUUUUUCUACGAUGCAGCUUCACGGUAGUUUCCGAUAGGGAUACAUCAUGUAAUGAUACACAAUUUAAAAUGCCCCUUUUAGUGUUAAACUCUGCCAUCAACCCUCUAGCGUACUCUUUCUUCAAGAGAGACAUAAAAAAGGAGAUUAAAGGACACUUUUGUUGCUCCGUGUCAUCAAAGUCAAACAGAAUUCAUCCUUUAAAUGAGAACAGCUCCGCAUGA